AUGGCAUGGCGCUGUUCUGGCCGGUCCAAUGCAGACUUGAUCAAAAAUAUGCAGAAUGCGGGCUUGAUCAAAUCGCAGCGCGUUGCAGAGGCGAUGCAGAAAGUGGAUCGUGCAAAUUAUGUGCUUCCGCAAUUUCGGUCUGACGCGUAUAACGAUUCGCCACAGUCCAUUGGGUUCAAUGUAACAAUCUCUGCACCACAUAUGCAUGCACAUGCUGCGGAGCUUUUGUUACCGUAUCUGCUGCCAGAGAGUUCGGUAUUGGAUAUUGGGUCUGGUUCGGGCUAUUUGCUUUCUGUGCUGCACCACUUGACAAAAUCCAAUGCUCGUGCCGGGCAUGUUGUUGGAGUAGAGCACAUCCCUGAGCUGGCGAUGAUUAGUAUGAGUAAUAUUCGCUCCGAUGGUCUGGCGGAAGAGCUUGACUCGAACCGUAUUGUUGUCGCGGAAACCGACGGUCGGAUGGGCGAACCAAGAUUUGCGCCAUACAGUGCUAUUCAUGUUGGUGCGGCGGCUACGGAAAUUCCUGAGAUGCUGGUCGAGCAAUUAGAUCAGCCUGGCCGGCUUAUCAUACCUGUCGACAACAAUAGUGGCUCGUACCAGUCGCUAUGGCAAGUGGACAAAGAUGUGGACGGGGCUGUGCAGCGCAAGAAGUUGUUCAAUGUGAUGUAUGUUCCGUUGACCAACCUUGCGCAACAGCUGGAGUCGUAG